GUGAUGCGCAUGUGAGCGCGUCGCGGGCUGGAUUCGUCGUGGGGCCGUCACUGAUCGCUGCUGCGCAGGAGGCGAAGAAGAGGGCCCGACGCAUACCAACCCGAUUCCAAGCGCCGCGGCGGGCAUCGGCGGACGUCCGGGGCCCCCCUCCGCAGCAGUUUUGCCCCGCCGCCCGCUCCCAGCGGCGCGCGGCCGCGCUGUCACGGGCGCGGCGCCGGCCGCGCGGGCGAUGAACCUCGCGCACCUGCGGGAGAUCGCCUCAUGCCCUUCGCCGGCCGCGAGGCGCCGUGCGCCGCCGCAGCCCCGGCGCGGCCGCCGCCGGUGCGGCACGGAGACGUGCUGGCGGAGGAGCACACGCGGAGGAUACCUGCAGAGGACAAGCAGGUCCUGAGCUUCCUGCUCUCCUUCCUUCGUGACGAGGGUCUGGAGAGCGUCGCGGUGUUCAUCAACGGCGGCUACAUCAGGGACCUGCUGCUCGGCAAGUGUCCGGACGACCUUGACUUGUCGCUCUGCCUGCGGGGCUGCCCAGAGGAGGUGAACGUCGGGACGCUUCUGGACAAGGUCCCGGGAUACGCGGCCGACCGGGCGGACCUGGGCGUCGUGCAGGUCAAGCUCGCCACGUGCCUCUCUGACGAGAGCAAGAACAAGAACCUGGACACGUUCAAGGCCCACUUCACAAUGCCGACCGGCAAGAAGAUCGAGGUCGACGUCAUGCCGACCAUAGGCGAGGAGCGCUACGACGGGGACAGCCGAAUACCCGUCCGAGACGAACGCGGCACUCCAGAGCAGGACACCCUGCGGCGAGACCUCACUAUCGGCGCCAUGCUGCUGCAGGUGAGGCUCGUCGGCGCAGGCGACCUUCGCUUCGACCUGCUGGACUACCACGGGGGCCUCGAGGACCUGCAGAAGGGGCUGCUGCGGGCGCCCUACCCGCGCGACAAGACCCUCGAGGCGGUCCAGGCGCUCGUGCUCCGGAGCGACGCGGACAAGGAGUUGGCGACGUCUCUUGGCCUCGACGACUUGCCGCAGGACCGGGCCAUCCAGACGCUGUGGUGGGCGAAGAUCCUGAUCGACGAUCCCCUCCGCGUUUCCCGUGCGCUGCGGUUCGCGGCCAAGCUGCAGUUCUCCAUGGACGACACGUUCUGGUCCGCGAUCCCCUUCGCGCUGGAGUCGCUGCGGACGAAGGUAGCCGGCGAGAGAAAGUGCACGGAGUAUAUGAAGAUAGGCGGCUAUGGCCUGGAGCGCUGCUCCGACUUUUUCGAGAUUGCGUUCUCGCGAGCCUUCGGCCCACCCAGCGCGAGGGUGCGCGGUGCGCCCGCGCUGCUCGGGGGCCAGGACGAGAAGCGCAGGGUGCGCGGGCUGUCCGACGUGGCUGACUUCGACCUGGACCUUUACCGCGACCUGGCCUCCUCGCUGCGCGGCGUGCAGGAGCCCUCGGAACUGCUGGGUUGCCUGCUCGCCUGUGGCUGCUUCGCCGCCGAGUUCGUCGGCGGCGGUCUCGGCGCGGCCGAAGAGUUCGCCGAGGCGUGCGGCGGCAUGAGCGUGAGCAACGCCAUGAAGGAGGCCGGCUCCUCGGUGCUGGGCUCCGCGCAGGCCCUGGCCGCGGACGCGCCUCCCGCCGACCGGCUCGACCGCGGCUUCGCCGCCGCCGCGGGCGUCUCGGCGGAGGCCCUCUGCAUGCACCUGCACGUCUGGAGGUCCCUGCAGCUGCCGGGCCACCGGAACGUGCCGGAGGACGUCUCGGCGGCCAGGC